CCCUAACAGCCCAUAACCAAUCAAACUCCAACAGUAGGUUAGUGUUUGAAUUUGUGGCAUUGGGUACUGGUCACUUGCUAUGUUGUGUUUGAUUUUGAUUUAUUGUGUACUGUAGGUCUGCUGGCACCCUGUUGAAUUCUGAUUGAUUAUGUACUGUACCGGUAGGCAUGUAUUGAUGAUUGAUUCCCCACUCCAACUACUGGUAAGGGGAGUCCCUGCCCUGACCCUGCCCCGACCCUGCCUGGAGAGACCCCCGGGGAACCACACAGCAUUGCCUGAUGCUGGGGCUAGGUUGCUGGGGCUGGGUUGGCUAUACAUGUACAUUCUCCAUGAUAUGGAAAAAGUUUCAGACCCAACCAUUUUGUGUAGGGGUUUCUUAUCUUGAAUAGGUUGAAAUUAUAUUGAAUAUUAUAUUUUUGGAGAUUAUGUAAUAAUGGAAAGCAUUCUCAUUGAAAUGGUAAGUAUGUAUUAUAUAAUAAUAUGUAAUAAUUACCAUAACUAAGACAAAAUUUUCUAUAAAAGCUGAUGUUUUCUGUGGCUCAUCCCCAGUCACACAUUGACUAUCGUACGAUCAUGAGCUCUCGGGAAGUGAGAAGUUUGCAGCAUAGCCUCACUAGUGAGGAGCGUGAGGUGUUUGUCAAGAUGUCUGAGAAAAGAAAACCAACUCGACUAAACUACGAGGAUGGAGGAGAAGCAGUGGGGAAGAAGAGAGAGAAAAAAGGAGUUUCACCCACGGCUAAAGGAAAGGGGAAAGGCAAGGAGAAAGGCAAGGAGAAAGGCAAGGAGAAAGGCAAGGAGAAAGGCAAGGAGAAAGGCAAGGAGAAACGCAAGGAGAAACGCAAGGAGAAAGGCAAGGAGAAAGGAAAGGGGACAGGACAGGAGAAAGGAAAGGGGAAAGCCAAGGCCCCACUCUCCAGCUGCAGAGACACUGCACUGUAUGAGGAUGAGACACUGCGAUUGAGAGCUGCUAUUCGUGCAAGUAUGAAUGAAGCUGGCAUCAGCAUGGGAAAGGUGUACAGAGCCGUGGCGGAGACAUCAUCUAGUGAUGAAGAGGAUUUCUUGGAUAGGGCCGUGGCAGAAGCAAGGUCUAUUUCCCCAUCAACCCUUGCAGCUGAGAUGGGAAGAGAUAGGGAGGAGGAGACAGGAGAGGAGCCAUGGGAGGAGACAGGAGAUUGGGAGGAGACAGGCAGAGAGAAGGGAGAGAGAGAGGAGACUGGCGGAGAGGAGACAGGCGGAGAGGAGACAGAGAGAGAGGAGACGGGCGGAGAGGAGACAGACAGCGAGGAGACAGGAGAGGAGGAAGAGGUUGCUGGACCAUCCAGACAAAAGCCCCCUUCAAAGAAGAGACGGACAGAGGUCCAGCCGGAUUCUGACAAUGAUCCCGACCCCCCCUCUGCAUACCAGGAUGACUACCCUCCGGAUGAACUGGGAUGGACCCGCUACCUGGACGACAUCACCAUCAGAGGAUUCAAGGGGAAGAAACCGCAAGGGCCCACCUUUAGGAAGAAGUCCUCACCAUUGAAGUACUUCCUCAAGUUCUUCCCUUUGAUCCUCUUCACCAACAUAGUGAAGUGGACUAACAAGAAACUGUCCUCAAGCCAUCUGCCCAGGACUUCACUGCACGAGAUCAAGGCGUGGUUUGGGAUACACCUGCUGAUGGGACUGGUUCAGAUAAGGAACUACAAGGACUAUUGGUCUUCAAGUCCUGGGCUGAGAAACACCCUCAUCUCCAACACCAUGAAGAGACACCGUUUUGAUGUGCUGAAUCAGCACCUAGCCUGCAGUGAUCCAGCCAAGGACCCCAACCUGAUCCGCGAUGAGGCCCAUCGGUACAUGACCAAGCGAAAACAUCCACUGUACCCCCUCCAACCUGUGUGGGAUAAAGUUCGCAAGUGCUGCCUGAGGUGCUACAAUCCUGGCCGUGAGCUAACCAUCGACGAAGCCAUGAUUAAAUAUCGUGGCUUUAAAGCAAGUGUGAAGAAGUUCUUCAUGCCGUUAAAGCCGAUUCGUGCUGGCUUUAAGAUCUACGCCAUUGCAGAGUCUGCCACUGGCUUCUUCCUCAACUUCAUGGUCCAUCCUUACAGCCAGAAACCAGCGAAGAUGAACGACAUUGCCACGAGUGUUGCGAAGCACCACCUGAAUGUGUAUCAUCAUAUCUUUACAGAUAAACUAUACACUUCAGUGGGCCUAGCACGGUCACUGCAUGCCAGCCGGACCUACCUCACAGGGGCAGUCAAGAGUAACAGGAAGGGGCUGCCCUCUGACUUCACUUCAAAGAAAUCCGACCCUGCACAUAUCAAAAUGAAGCAGAUGAGGCGAGCCAGGAGAGGUACCUUCUACACAAGACAAAAUGGUCAGCUGACUGCCACCGUCUGGAAAGACAGCCGCAUCAUGAUGCUGCUCUCCACCGCGCAUCAAGGCUGGAGGGAUCCCACCAUCCACACCCUCAAGAGGAAAUGCGUAGACGACAAUACAGGGCGGCUGAAGUCAACGACCAUUCCAGCUCCUCCUCAGGCGGUCUCCUACACGCGGUGCAUGGGUGGUGUUGACAGAGGCGAUCAACUACGGUCAUACCACACAUGCGCCCGCAAGUCCCAGCACUGGUGGCGUGGAAUCCUAUACUUCCUGCUGGAUGUAGCCAGGGUCAAUGCUUGGUUGGCCUACAAGCACCACCAUCCAACCACAGAUGACAGCGAUAGCAGCAUCAGCGAUAGUGAUGCAGAGGAGACAGCAAAGGAUUCCAACACGACGACCCACUCCAAGUUUGUUCUUGAUGUGGCAGUAAGCUUGAUUGAUGGAUAUGCUGGAGGUGUCCCCCCUCGUCAAGUUACUCGCUCUCGUCCCGUUCCUGCCUACAAUAACCAAGGCCACUACUCUGCAAAGAUGCCGGGACGGAAUGCUCGUUGGUGCAGGUGGUGCAGGGAGCACAACAUCCUCACGAAGGCAGGCCUACCCAAGUCAACACGACGAGGCUGUCCAGUUUGUGGAGUCAAUCUCUGCCCAGGCCGCUGUUUCCUGAAAUACCAUAGAGCCAGUGACAUCGAGACCGACUCCACCACCACUACCACCGACUAGAACACUUCACACUUCAAAGCAGAAUAGCCAGCCAAGCUUCUUGUACUCCAGUGUUUUUUCUUCAUUUUUUUACUACCAAAGCCCACCCCUCAAAAAAAACCCACAAAAAGUAAAAGGAAAAGAAGGGGACAGAAAAUGGGCAACGAUAAUUUUGUCAUUCUUUGAACCGGUGUGUUGAAAAUGUAUACACACACAACUAAUUUUUGUUCUCCAUUUUUUUGACUACCAAAAAAACAAAAAAAACAAAAAAACAAAAAAACAAAAUUAAAAAAAAAAGGGGCAAUGAUUACAUGUAUAUAGUUAUUCUUUCAACUAGCAGCUGUGGUUGAAAGUAACAAGUGUUAGGAAAGUUAACACACACACACACAUGAGCCCCCCCAAAAAACAGUAUUUCUGUUGUGGCACAUUGAUUGAUUCCCCACUCCAACUAAGGGGAGUCCAUGACCCUGCCCUGACCCUGCCCUGGCCCUGCCCUGGCCCUGCCUGGACCAGAGACCCAAGGGGACCACACGAGCGAGCGCAAUAACUGUGGCAGUCUGCAGCUGAUUACUUGGGCAUGGGUUGGCUGUACAUCCCCCAUGAUGGAUAUGGAGAAUGAUGAAAAUGAUGCUGAUUUUGUUGGGUUAGGUACUGUCUGUGCCCACUCUUCAUACUGUGCUUAGGGCCUGCUGUACCCAAUCAAUCAGAAUCACACAGGUAAGGGCCUGUUGGAGUUUGACUUAUUGGGUAUUGUUACAGUAAGAGUACUGUUUGAGUUUGUGUGAUUGGGUACUGUGAGGCAAGAGUGUGAUUGCAAGGUGUUGGAGUUUGUGUGGUUAGGGAAGGAUACCAGCAAAAAGCUUUGGGCGGUUAGG